GCAACGUUUUAGGCCGUCGUUUGAGUUAAUUUAACCCAAAAAAAAAUCAUUCCAUAACAAUUCUACUUCGAUGAGUGAGCAAUGAAACAAAUAUCGAGUAAUAUGCAGAGCUCCCUCCCCUUCGAUAUUGCCCUUAAAAUCGUUUCAUCUCUUGAGGUAUUGGAUGUGUGUGCAUUGGGUAGUUGUUCUCGAUUUUGGAGGGAGCUAUGCGGGUUGGAUUGCUUAUGGGAGUCUCUUACCAGAGAAAGAUGGCCUUUGGUUACUUUUCCCAACAAUUCUUCUUCUUCUUCUUCGGAUCCUAUCAUCAUCAAGGGAUGGAGGCAGAUUUACAUAAGGAUGCAUAGAGAGAUGGCGGGUAACGCUACUGCUGUGGUUGAGUUUGUGGAGCAUUGCUCUUCAUCUAAUAAGUCGCUCGCGUUUGGGGACUAUUACAAAGCAGUUGAAGAAUUGUGUUCGAAGCAGCUUGCAUUUAGGGAUGUCCAAAUUUUUCUUUUCAAACCAAAGCUGAAUGUGCUGCUUAACUUGAUUGGUUUGCACUACUGCAUUUUCUGCCUUCAAGUGCAGGCUGGGCAUGUCAUGGAUGCACUCCAAAGUUGCAAAAUUUCAGAGCAACAAGUGUGUGUGAAAUGGUGGAAACUUGGCAGAUGGUUUUAUGGCUUCCGCAUGAGAGAUGAAUUUCAUUCUCGUAUAAUAUCCUUGGCAGAUCUUCUAACAAACAAAGGGGAGGAGGUUUUGGGUGUCCUUUGCCGAGGUGCCAUUCAUGAGUUAUUACGUAUUGAGAUCUGCAUUUCAAAUGUGGCAUCUACUCCUUGGUCUUGGCAAAGCUCACAGCAACAAGAGUAGGAUUGCUGCAAUAAUGGGCUUCUGUAUAUAAUUGUUUAUGCUCUCUUAUGUUGCAACUUCCAAUUGCCAAAGAAGAAGGUGCUUCUCCAAGGUGAUUUAUGUUGUUAAUUCCACAUCGUAUCUCUGAUCCUAUAAAAUCAUGUAAAGAAAUGGCUGCUGAAUGCGGCUAAGAUUAUGGCAUGUUCAUAAUGUUUGGGUCUGAAUGCUUAUUGAUAUUUAUGUAAGUUGACAUGUUUGUUUU